CUCCCGCGCAUGGAGCGGCGGCGCGCGCCCCCCGCCGCCCCCCGGUACGGCCGGCGCCGCUUCUGGGACGCGCUGUACCGGCGGGAGGGCGCCGAGACCCGCGAGUGGCUGGGGGGCCUCUCGCGGUUCCUCCCGCAGCUGGAGCCCGAGCUGCGCCCCGGUGACCGUAUCCUCGUGCUCGGCUGUGGCAACAGUGCCCUGAGCCAUGACCUGCACAAGCUGGGCUACACCGACGUCACCAGCAUCGACUUCUCCCCCGCCUGCAUCGCCGCCAUGCGUGCCCGCUGCGCCCGCUGCUGCCCCGGCCUGCGCUGGGCCGUCAUGGACAUCCGUGCCCUCGCCUUCCCGGACGCCUCCUUCGAUGUGGUGCUGGAGAAGGGCACCCUCGACGUGCUCAUGGUGGAGGAAACCGACCCCUGGGAUGUCUCGCCCCAGGCAGCUGCCUCGAUGCGCCGGGUGCUGGAGGAGGUGAGCCGGGUGCUGCGCCCUGGGGGCUGCUUCCUCUCCAUCACCUUCGCCCAGCCCCACUUCCGCAAGCCCCACUAUGCCCAGGAGGCCUUUGGCUGGUCCCUGCGCCACACCGCCUGCGGGGACGGGGACGCCGGCGCCUUCCACUACUUCCUCUACAUCAUGCGCAAGGGGCAGCCCCUGGACCCCCGUGAUGUGGCCUUGGGGCGCCGCCUGCACCAGCCCCCCCCGCCCCCUGCCCCACCACCGCCCUCCGCCCCCCCAGACGACGACGAGGACUACCUCCUUGCCAUCCAGCUGUGACCCUGGGGGGCUUCCCCGACCUCCCCACACCCAACAAAGCCUUAAGCUGCUCCAUCUUCACGGGUGGGGGAUGGGGAACCAGUGUAUCCUCCCCCGAAAGCUGCCCAGUGAUGUGAGUAAUGGGGGGAUACUUGGCCUCCUCCCGGGGGGCAGCGGGAUGCUCCGGUGAUGCUGUGCUCCCUCCCUGGCCUUUCCUCGCCUGGCUGGAGAGCAGCCAGGACUCCGGGCUUUGCGGCCGGUAAUGAAACCAAAUCGGGUUUAAUUCCACCCAUCCAUCUUGCGGGGAGUGGCUCCCUGCCCCCCCAUCCCUUUCCCUCGGCACAGGCAGCUGGGCUGAGGGCAGAAUGGGGAUGCUGGCACUGGGUACAGGGAGGUGGCCCCUGCUUAACACCCCCACCCCAUCGAGCACCAGGACUCCUGCCCCAGCCUCCUUGGCUCUGGGGGUGUGCAAGGACACUGUGUCCUUGUCACCCCCAGCCAGGUGGUGGAGGGUCUAGGAUGGGAUGUGCCAGCAUAGGGCAGAGAGCACCACGGGGCACACAGGGCGGCACAUCUGCCCCUGUACCCCUUCCAUCCCCACUCUUUGGCUGUGGUGGCAACCCCAAUGUGCCUGCACACGCCUGGCCCACAUCUGCCCGUGCCUUGGGGCCGGCAGCGCAGUGACAGACGUGUGACAGGCGUGCAGCCGUGUGCUGGCAGGGCUGGCUGCGCGUGGGUGCCGGUGUGGCAGGUAUAUGGGUGCUGCCAGGGUUGUCACCAGGGGCUCUCUGGGCACCAAUGCUCCCUGAAGGGGGCACAGGGGAGCCCUCCUCGGUGGGGCAGCGGUGACAGACCACAGAGGCACGAGCUGCUGGGUUGCUGUUUCUGCACAAAGGUUUAAGUGCCUCAGCUGGUGGCUCCCCCCGCACCAGGAACCAGUGAAGGGCUCUGGGGUCAACACCUCACCACCCCCACCCGUGCUGCAGGCACCCCGAAAAACAGCUGGCAACACAGAGGGACAAAAAGGAGCAGGAAGCUGCUGGCCUCA